CGAAGCCAUCCCCGUGCGGCUCGGCCGCUGCCCCCCUCCCCGUCCUCAGCUGCAGAUGUGGCUUGUCUCCGGGAGACAGAGCCUUCCGAGCCCCCGGUGCCCGCAGCCCCCAGGACCCCGACCCCAGGUCCUGCCCGGGAGCUCCCCUGCCUGCCCCGCAUCAGCCCCGCGACCACUGGCACCAUGCACUCCCUGGACGAGCCUCUGGACCUGAAGCUGAGCAUCACCAAGCUGCGGGCAGCUCGGGAGAAGCGUGAGCGGGUCCUGGGGGUCGCCCGGCAUCGGGCCCUGCACCGCGACCUCAGCCUAGUCGACAACGGCCCGUCUCCGGCCUCGCCCAGUCCCCCGCCGGCAGGCUUCCUGCUGAACCCAAAGUUUCCCGACAAGGGGGAUGGGCGCUUCUCGGCCGCCCCGCUGGUGGAUCUGAGCCUGUCACCCCCAUCAGGGCUGGACUCGCCUGGGGGUAGCACCUCCCUGUCCCCCGAGCGCCAGGGCAACGGGGACCUGCCGCUGUCCGCUGCCCACGAUUUCCAGGCUCUGCGCUACAUCGACGGAGUUCCCAGCUCCUUCCAGUUCUUCUUGCCUCUCAACCCCGGGGGUGCCCUGCAUCUGCCCUCCUCUUCCUUCCUCACCCCGCCCAAGGAGAAGCGCCUCUCCCCGGAGCUGUCUCUGCAGAAGCAGCUGGUCUGCCGCUGGGCCAAGUGUAACCAGCUCUUUGACCUGCUGCAAGACCUGGUGGAUCACGUGAACGACUUCCACGUCAAGCCCGAGAAGGACGCCGGCUACUGCUGCCACUGGGAGGGCUGUGCCCGCCACGGACGAGGCUUCAACGCCAGGUACAAGAUGCUGAUCCACAUCCGCACGCACACCAACGAGAAGCCGCACCGCUGCCCCACGUGCAACAAAAGCUUCUCUCGGCUCGAGAACCUCAAAAUCCACAACCGCUCUCACACAGGUGAGAAGCCGUACAUCUGCCCCUACGAGGGCUGCAACAAACGCUACUCCAACUCGAGCGAUCGCUUCAAGCACACCCGCACCCACUACGUGGACAAGCCCUACUACUGCAAGAUGCCCGGCUGCCACAAGCGCUACACGGACCCCAGCUCCCUGCGCAAGCACAUCAAGGCCCACGGCCACUUCGUGUCCCACGAGCAGCAGGAGCUGCUUAAACUGCGCCCUCCGCCCAAGCCCCCCCUGCCCCCCGGCGACGCGCCCUACGUCAGCGGGGCCCAGCUCAUCAUCCCCAAUCCGGCCGCCCUCUUCGGGGGGCCCGGGCUCCCCGGGCUGGGCGCUCCCCUGCCCUUACCCCUGGCCCCCGCCCCCCUCGACCUCAGCGCUCUGGCCUGUGGCGGGGUGGGCUCCGGGGCUGCGGCAGCAGCGGCCGCGGCGCUGAGCGGCCUGCCCAGCCCGGUGCUCUCCCUGAACCGGGGGCCCCUGAACCUCGCCAAGAACCCCCUGCUGCCCUCUCCCUUCGGGGCCGGCGGGCUGGGCCUGCCCAUGGUGUCCCUCGUCGCCGGCCGGCCCGAGGCCGAGAGGGGCCGUGGGGGCGGCAAGACUUCGGGGCCGGAGGGCCGCGGGGACUCGGCCGAGAGGACUGAGCGGGGAGGUCGGCCCCGGCCCGGCCCCGACGGGCUGUCCCUGCUCCCCGGGACCGUCCUGGACCUCUCCACGGGGAUGGGUUCCGGGUCCAGCCCCGAGGCGCUGCCCCCGGGCUGGGUGGUCAUCCCGCCGGGCUCCGUGCUGCUCAAACCCGCCGUGGUGAGCUGAGGCCCCGGGCCCUGGCCUCCCCCGGGCCCCCGGACACCCCCGACGGCCGUUUCUCACGGCCCCCACCUCGUCCCCCGCAACCUGACGAACGGAAACUCUCUGAGAAAUAGCAAUAAUAUCCCCCUGGGCCCUGCUUCCACCCCCUAAGUCCCCUUAGAGCUGGAGUUUUCUGGGCCCCAAGCGGGGCGCUGCCCACCCGGCCGGGGCCCCGGUGUCUGCAGAAACGGCUCCCACCUUGCCCCCUGAGCAGAGGGGCCAGGCAACCCUGGGCCUCCUGGAAACCAACUGGAGCCUCUCGAGCCUCUCGGCCGGGGUAGGCUGGGCAGAGUGGCUGAGCGGCAUGGCUGGGCAGAGGGGUUGGGCUGAAUGGCCAGCGGCCGAUCCGGGGCCCGGCCCGGCACCGGGAUGGGGCCGAAGCCUGUUUGGGCCCGGCUGGGGGCCUCCGGCCUCGGCCCCGCGGCUGCCGGGCGGGCCCUGCCAACUCCAGCGAGGCCAGCCUCCUCCUCCCUCGCCUCCAUGCCUCUCCCAGGGCCCUCAGUGCCAGCGGGCUUCCGCCCACCUCCCCUCCACAGGGUGGUCUCCUUUCCUGACCCUGGCUGAACCAACGCUCACCCAGCAGUAAAGACUGGCACCCAGGCCUGCCCCACCGCCUCCUAGUGCCAACCAACCCAGAGGAGGCAACAGCUGGUCAUGCUGCCCAUCGGUCCCGCUUCUCUCAGAAGCCUGGCACGGACAGUGUGGAAGCCUCCCUGUCCUGGAAACCCCUGGGGCGGGGUGGGGGGGUUGUCAGGCAGAGGGCAUGGAGGGCAGCUGGUUUUAGCCAGCUCCCUCUCCCGAGCCUCAGACCUGCUGCUGUCACCCCCCGACCCUAUCCCCCAACCCGCUGCUUUAACUGGGUGGCCGCCACGUGGUCCAGAGCCCCGAGAGCGGUGCCCCCUGCUCCCUCCCAGAGCCCGGCACCAGUCCCGGGACAGAGGAGUGACGGGAAGUGGCUGGGGCCACGGGCUCUCGGGACUCUUGGGGGCGGGGACCGCCCGGACCCCUCUUCCUCCAACCCGCCUUCCUGGGCAGAGAGGGAGAGCGAGACAGACGUCCCCCUGGCAGUGCCAUGGAGAGAAUCAGACCUUCCUUUCCCCCGACCAUGCUUGCAGCGACAAGGCUCCUCCCCCUGCCCCGGGGAGAGCUGCU